AUGGCCAAUAAACAUAUUGACGAUUUAGAUUUAUACGCUAUUUUGGAUAUAGAAAUAAUAGCAACAGAAUCAGAAAUUAAAAAAGCUUAUCGUAAGAAAGCACUUCAGUGUCACCCCGAUAAAAAUCCAGACGAUCCAAAAGCAGCAGAAACAUUCCAUGAAUUGUCAAGGGCUCUCGAGAUACUGACAGACGUAUCGGCUCGGGCUGCGUAUGAUAAAGUUUUGAGAGCAAAAGCUGCUGCUAAACUACGCCAUAAGGAAUUAGAUAGUAAACGUCAAAAAUUAAAAGAAGAUCUAGAAAGACGUGAACGGGAAGCUGCUUCCGGGAAGGAAUCCAGCCUCACUGACGAGCAAAAACUUGCUGCCGAGAUACAAAGAUUGCAAAGAGAAGGCAGCCGUCUACUUCAAGAAGAACAACAAAAAGUUAGAGAGGAAAUCCAGAAAAGUCGGAGGUUGGAUGAAACUUAUUGGGAUCCUUGCUUGAACAGAAUAAAGAUUAAGUGGAAGGCAGAAAAGAAUGACCCAAAUAAUGGUGGUUAUAAUGAAUCAAUUUUAAGAAGAUGUUUAAAAAAGUAUGGCGAUAUAAUGGCUCUAAUUAUAUCACCCAAGAAAAGAGGGAGUGCAUUAGUAGAAUAUUCAACAAAGCAAGCAUCAGAAAUGGCCGUUGAGUUUGAAAAAGGUUUGCCAGAAAAUCCAUUAACCUUAAAAUGGUUAAAUAAAAAACCCAUUUUAACAGCAGAAAACAAACAAAGUGGACCAUCAUUAAUAUCGGAAAGAGACUAUGAAUCAAUUGUUUUAACUAAAUUGAGACAGGCAGCAGAAAGACAGAAAUUAAUAGAUGAAAUGAUGAAAGAAGAUCAAGGA